UUAGAGCUUUGAUCGUAGACGGACUGUAUUCAUAGCCAUUGCUUCGUAGGAUUUUUUUUUGGGUGAAUAAGGAGAAAAAUUACUAUAAUUACCAUUGUGUAUACAUACAUACCGCAUACACACGGUUCGGGGGAGAGAAGCGCAAAGUGAAAAAAGUACGUACGGUCCGUAGAAAGGCAAGGCGAGAAAGCGAGUGGCACAAGCGAUAUGCAAGAAAUUUAUUGUGAAGAGCAGCAGCACGACCAGUGAACGAAAUUCGGCGAGAAGCAAGCGAUUUAAUUCCGAGACGAGCAGAGAGCAUUUGCGGGAAGAAAAUAUUACCAAGAGCCCAGUAGAGUGUGUGUUUCAAAACGGGGUAUGCUGCUAUUGGAUGCAAGUCUUCUGAGACACACAGGAAGUGUAAAGUUCGAGUGUCCGCGCGAUACGAACAAGGUUUAGUUUUGGGGGUUUGGGGGUGAUUGGUUUCGAUGUGUGAUGUGACAGUAGCGUUUGAAGUGAAGAAAAAUAUUCACCAAGUUGGUUAACCGAACGAGGGGCCGUGUAAGUGCGGUGGAGAACGACACAUAGAAGAAAUCUCAUCAAGUCGGGCUGCGACGCGGCAGCAUUUUCAUGCAGAACAGUACGCGCCGCGGUACACACACUGCUGCACACCGACACCACAGACACAGCACGACGGCAGAUGUACGACGAACAACGUCGCGGCCGUCUUCUUGUUGGUCGUCGUCGCCGUCAUCGUCGUCAGAUCAGCGGCAGCAGAAAAACAACAUCGUCGUCGUCGUCGUCGCCGUCAGCGGUAGGAGCACUACUAGAAGCAGCAGCACCAGCAAAAGCAUGAAAAGAGCUCUGAAAAAACGCCAACGGCCACAGCAUCGAGCGAGCGAAGAAAAUGUUUUGAAAAGUGAUUUAUUUUCGUUCAUAUUUUUUUCUGGCAACCGAAAAAGAGCAUGAAGAAAUAAGUAAGAAGAUGGAAAAUUACGAAAAUAUGUAUAUUUGUAUUUGAAAAAUCUAAAGUUACAAAAAAGAAGAAGAAGCAGCACAAGUUAAGAGAAAAGAUAUUUUUCUUCAAAGUGAUCCAAUGAUUUCAUGAAUGAAAACAACAACCGCACACAAAGAAGGAAAAAGUCACAAGAGAAAAAUAAAAGUUGUUCAUAUUUCGCAAAAGUGAGAGUGUGGGAUUCGGAGAAAAAGCAAAUAGUUCAACAAUAAUAAUACACAGAAAUAGAGGAGAGAGCGAAAAGUGAAGAAAAAAAUGUAAAAAGUGCAGAAGUGAGCUAAUCGAAGCGAAUGAAUCAACCCAAAAGAAAUAAUUGAGUGAAAACAACAUACAUAAAUUCUGAAGGCAACAAAAAAGUGAAAAAUUCCUUCAACGAAAGAAGAAGAUAAAGUGCAUUUUGAAGCAAUAGGAGCAAACGCAGAGAAGAAGGGUUUAGUAAAGUGAAGUCACAGAGUUUUUUCUCCUGCCCUGCUGUUCGGCAAAUCAUGAAUCUAGUGUUUUCGCGCAAAACUAGGAUUAACAUUGGAUCUAGCACGGCGAUAACAGCAACGACGAAAGCUUCAACCGGCAACCAGCAACUAUUACUACUACUAGUGGCGGCAGAGACUCCCAGAGAGCACCGGAUUUGGAUUACUAACGCGAACCAGAACCCGGUUUAAUUGCUUAUUGAUUAUAAGGCGAUUAAAACGAUGACGGAUCUUGGUGGACCACGGCUGAAGACAACACAUCGAAGCCGCUAGUGUAACGAGCUACAUGGAUCGCAGAAAUGGCGGCGAUCCUUUGGCGCCUCCUCGGCCCCCUAAGUCUCUGCCCCGUGUCCAUCGUCCCCGGGCUCCCGAGCCGACCAUAAUGAGCGCCCAAGUCGCUGCCGACAGCAACCAAUCUACAGCUAUCAACAGCGCUAAUACGACGAUCAGUACGACUACGAAUCGAAGUCUCAAUAACGUACCGCAACUGUCACCAAAACCUAGGAAUCUAAGCUCUUCCAGUUCCCCUGCACGUAACCUUAGUAGCAAUAUUAGUUCAUCAAUUCCACCGCCGUUGCCACCGGCGCCGCAGAUUGCACCCCUGACGCCACUUCACACGCGAAGCAGUAGCAACAGCAGCAGCCUCAGCAGUAGUAGUCACCAUCUUCAGCAUCAUCAUCCGCAACAUACGACGAGCCACCACCAUCUUCCUAGUAGUAAUAACGUUAGUAAUAGUCUAGCCCAGCCAGCAAGUACCUUCUCGCGACGACGUCCACCGGCAGCUUUACCAACCAUCUCGAUACCGAGCAUUUUGAACCCCAGCAUAGAGACGACCGCGUCGAACACGACGACAACGUCCGCCUCAUCCCCGGUCACCCUGGCUGCACCUAGACCAGAGAACGAAAGGCUUACUAACGAGUAUGUCGAUACGCCGUUUAGUAGACUGUCACCUGCAUCGAACCGUCAGCGGGGUCAGCAUGUUGUUGGAUCCGCGACGACCACCGGGACGGCGGCGGCGGCAGCGUUGGUGGCAACGGCUACGACGCCGGGUGCGGUCAGUCCCGCCGACCAGCACCGACAACUAUCAGUAUCGCAAACCAAUAAUCGAUUACAUUCGCCUAGCCCUAACCCUAGUAGCAAUAGUACAACGGUGUCGACCCUCGGUAAGCCAAUUGGAUCCACGGCGACGACCACGACGCUGCACAGCAGCAAUAGGAAUUUUAACAAUAACACCAUCAACACUAGGCCAAAUCAAUUACCAUUGGGACACACGACGGCGGCGACGACGACGACAACUACGGCAACGACCGGCAUGCCCCUGUCCGGCAGUGGUGCGCCUACGAUACAGUCAACUACAUUGCCAAUUACCAAACAACCAGUAUCAAACACUUUUAGCAAAGACUCACCGGCAGCCGGUCUGCACGAGCUUGACAUCGACCUGCACCCGUCGAAUGGUGAUCUACUUAAUUCCAUCACCUGUCCUCAGUGUAAAAAGUGUCGAUGCGAAGAAUGCCAACGGCCACGGCAGUUGCCCUCUCGGUGGCUUUGCGAUAAGACCUGUCUCUGCAGUGCGGAGACGAUCAUCGACUACGCGUCGUGCCUGUGCUGCGUCAAGGCCCUAUUCUACCACUGUUCCAAGGAUCACGAGCUGGAGCGCGAAACCGACACGGUAUCCUGUGCGGACGAUCCAUGCUCCUGUGUUCCCCAUAAGCGAACGACCCGGUGGGGCUGCCUGGCAGCCCUGUCGCUACCACUACCCUGCCUCCUGUGCUACUGGCCAAUGCGGGGUUGUGUCGCCGUCUGUGCGAAAUGCUACGCUAAACAUUCCCGACACGGUUGCCGCUGUCAGUCGCAGAACAGUAGCAGUCUCGCCGGUAGUAUCCUCGGUGGAACCGGCCUGGGCGGUGGUGGUCUCGGCGGUGGUAACGGUGGCUCCCACGGUGGCAACGGUAACCUCGAUCACGGUAGCAAUAUCAGCAGCAAAUUCUCAGCCGUCAACAGUACUAGCCCGUUCGGCAAGGGACACCACCACCAUCAUCAUCAUCAUAGUCACCACCAUCAUCAUCAUCAUCAUUCGGGCGAUCUUACACCCGAAAAACGCCUGCUCGAUUCCAGCCCGGAGUACUGAUAUAUGCUGUAUCUGUAAGCGAGCAACGAAGGGGGCGGCAGCUGCUGCCAUUUUCGAGAAACGAGGCCCGCUGGCAGAGAUCACGAUCGCAUCCGGCGUUCAACGGUAAACAAUAGUAGUAGUAAUAAUAAUAAACUCGGCGAGCGCACCAGACAAUGCACGCGCGUAUUCUGUGGCUAUAUAGAAAAAAGAUAGAUAGACAGACAGAGAGAGAGCGAGAGAAGCAGAAGCAAAUGAGCAAAAGCGAAUUGGAAGCAUAUAUAGGAACGGGAGAAAUGUUUUUUAAUUAUAAUUUAACCAAAGACUGCAGACUAUUAUUGAGUUAUGUUUUUUGAUAUAAAUAAUGUAUUUUUUUUUCGUGUAAUGCAAGCAAAACGAAACGAUGCGGAGGAAGCAAAACUGUAAAUUAUUCGCUAAUAUACGGGCUUGAAUAUUUUGUAACGAUGAUUGCCGAUACAUACCGAUCGAGGAAGAAAAGUCGAAUUAGAGUCAAACUACACACAAAACUACAACUACUACUAUUACACUACCUUCCUAUUACUACUGCUAGGUUUCGUUACAAAAAUCAAUACAGCUACAGUUACUAAAGAAAUUCGAGGAGGAGCAGGCGGUAGAUGCAUUAGGACGCGGGAAAAAUAACUAAUUUAUUCUAACUGUAUACAAUUUUUAUGGCAAACAAAUCAAGUCUCUCAAUUUUCCAGAGAGGAUCAUUUUUUUUUUAAUUGAGUCGAGGACGCGUGCGGAUUGCAGUGGGGACCCCGGGGGCGACAGGUAUAUAAUAGCGGAAUGCACGCGUUCGCUGCUCCGUAGGGAAUUAGAUAGGACAUUUUCCAAAUGGUUGGACGACCGAAGAACGGCGGGAUCGAGUGAGUGAGACAGAGAGAGAGCGAGGAAAAGAGCGCGAGCGAGUAUCAUAAUCGUUGUUUUGUUCAUAUGCGUAAUUUAUUUCCUACCUGAAGUUUUGUUUUAAGCAAACAAGUGUACGGAAAAAUGGAAGUGUACGACUGUUUUCCCGGUAUUUUAGAAAUAUCGGGGGAAAUGCGAGAAAAUAUAUUCUGAGUGCGCAAACCAAACGCCGGUUACAGGAGGUUAGGCCGACUGCAAGAAGAGGGAACUGCAAGAGAAUUCUAGGAAAACAAAUGAACGAGAGUUGAACAAAAUCAUGUAAAUAUCUUAUACAUAUUUAUCCAAAAAAAACGACUAAUUUAAUGUAGGGAGCCUCUGCGGCAAGCAAAGAAACUAUUUUCUUAAAAAAAUGAGUACGUUUGAUGAAGGAUGUAUAUAGACCGUUAGGAGGAGAAUCGCAAAGAAAAGGAAAAAGGAAAAGAGAUGAUAAGCAUAUUUAUAUUUAAAAACACGCGAAAGAACCACUGAAAAAAAAAAACUGUAAUAUAUUUUUGGGAGCGUUCUAGUUGAGUCUGUUGUGGCCAAGUGUGCGCGUGCGGUGAGAAAGAGCGAGUGUUCCACGUGAGCAGAGUGUCUGGGAAGCGGGCGAAUGCAAACGUGUGUUAUUCUUCUGUGUAAAUAUUUACCUCACAGGAAUGAAAAAAAGGAAAGAAAGCAAGAAUGAAAACAAAUCAGCAUUAUCCGGUAUGAGCUAAUUGUAUUUCAGACAAAAACAAAAUUCACAGCCAGGAACGAAACGAGGAAAAUACAUACAGACAUACACAAAUGCGGACACAGAAAAAUUUCCGAAAAAAUAAGAACAGAAAAAUAGAUUCAAAACAAAAGAGCUUUUGUUGCGGUUGGUGGCUUCGUUUGGGACGAGGGGGACCCCUUACAUCUCCGAUCUACGUGUGAACUGAUUAAAAAUCGAAAAAUAUGCACGUUUCCAAUCGCUCCGAAGAGAAUCCAAAGGUUCGCCGAGUGUGGUUCACGCGGUCAUUCUUGCAGCGUCAGUAAAUCCAGUCACGGCCCUGAUCAGGGGCGAAAAAAAAAUCGGUUCAUUGUUAUUUAAAUUGAUAAAAGCGCUGAUUAAAGUGGUGCAUUCACACCACCAUGCAUGAUCCCGUCUCCAAAGCGAUCGCAUGUAUGUGUGCGAUCCGAGGGGCUCUUCGAUGCUUGCCGCCGAGUGUCAAUCGAUCGAAGCUCAUUCAAGGCAUUUCGUUGAUCGCUGAGGGGCUUGACUGCACCGCUUGACAAAAUAUGUAUGUACACACAUUGGAAUCCGCUUAAUAUGGCUAUGUAAAGUGAGUGGAUUCACCAGCGCACGCGGUCUGUGCGGACGGGAAAUAUUUAUUCGUUGGUGAUAACCUAUAUGGUUGCAAGUGAACAUAAAUAACAGAUAAUAAUAUUUCUUCAGCCGCUGGAACUGGGUGCACGAACGGAGCCAGAGGGAGAGAACAGCAGUUCGUAACCGCAUUGACGGCGGGAACAAAAAAUAAAGAAGGCACAUAUUUUACAACUUCCUUCUCGAACGAGAAAUUUGUUACACGCAAAACAUACAUAUUUAUUUCCUAUACAAUCUUCGAUGUUCAUUAGAUGAAAUUUAUUAAUUUUUGCACAAACAUCAACAUUCCUGGAGAGCGAGAGAGACGAGCUGAAAAAUCCCGCUGAUGAUUCUGCUCACGGCCUACUCUUCCUGGAAGUCGAAAAUAAUCGAUUUCCAUUCUCAAACUGAUUCUUUCAGCACAUGAGCUUCUUCUUCCCGGCUCAUUUCCUGAUAAAUAUGAAUUGUGAAGCGAAACGAAUCAAUAAAGGCCUGGCAGCAUGAAGAGAACAAAAUCAGAACCAUCUGUUUUACGGGUCUCGAAAAAAAGGAAUGCUAUCUUUUUUCUUUUCUUUUUUUUUCAGGAGAACUCCUUUUUAUUCCCCGCUCACUAUGACCCUGGCAAAUGUCGAUUUUCUGAAAGGGAAAUUAUGUUUUCUUUUAUUUUUCGGGAAUCCGAGACCAAAUAUUUUCGAGGGUCGUCCGAAAAUCGAGCACGACGUUCACCGUCACCGGUGAUCGCAUGAAAUGGAACCCGAAUCCCGACCGUAUGGCGUAAUCCAAGCUUGCCAUGCUUCUUUUUUUAACCUCUGUCUCUCUCUCUCUCUCUCCAUUCGUCGUUUUUGAGGUUAGGAACCGAUCCGGAGAAUCUAUACGUGCCCUGCAUGCAGCACGAUCUUUUUUUAUGAAUUUCCUGUCUAAUUUAUCAAGCUAUGAAAGUCGUCUCCUCGCUUCGCGAGCUCUCCCUAUCUCUUCUUUAUUUUUCUUUAAGGGUCCAGUCAGACCGAGAUCGUGUGCUACACACGGCGGGUCCCGGUUGCUGCACUGCACGUCGAGAACGUGAGCAAAACGAAAAGAGUAGGAAAUCUCAACUCAAGUAGAACAUUUAUCUUUGGAGAUUUCCUCUUUCGAAAGCCGGGAGAGAAAAUCCAGCAUGCUUUUGAAAACAGGAAACGACUGCCAUUUUCAUUCAUUAAACUUCAUUUCUGUCUGAAAUGACGAGAUGGGUGCGUGAGACUGAACUGUGAAUCUCGCGAUUGCUCACAGGUUACCUAUGACGAAUCUAUUCGACAGCAGUUGAGCAUACCGCCGCCGCCGACGUGAUCGUUCUCCGAAUAUCGAGCGAAAAAAAUACGUCGCAAUUUCUUUGCCCGUUAGCAGCAGGCCAUUUCUCACCCGUUCUCAACAACAACACACGGAAUGUGUGACAGAAAAAGCCACGACUGACGCGAUAGUUUGCCAAGCCACACGGUCCGAUCGUUCUCACUCAAAGUCACAUUCCCCCCGCGUUCAAUCGUGCCAUCUCGCUCAUGUUCCCGCCGCAUCCGUUUUCAUUUCGGUUCAGCUCACCACACUCUCCCGAACACGCUGCCCCCCUCCCCCCCCCCCCCGUCCUUUGCUCAUUCAUCCCACCCAAAAAAAAAACACACACAAACCGUGUGUGUUUUUAUUUCUCGUCUUUUAUAAAUAAAGUUCAUUCAUAAAACUUAUAUUUAAGUUUGAUGAAAAUAAAACGGAUGUUGCAAUCUUUCGUGCUAAAUUUAAAACGAAAAAACCGCACUUGUGUCAUGCCGAGGCAAGCAUUUGUGAGCGCUGCUGCGAAGAUCGCAAAAUGGAAGACCCCUCGUUCAAACCCAAAGCCGCGGCGGCUGCAACACACACACACUCAAACAAUGAUCGGAGAUGGCCCUGAUAAAAUCUAAAUUCCAAAACAAACCGUGCGAACGAUCAUAGCAAGCGUACCUAAUUGAAAAACAAAUCGAAAAAAAAACUAAACUAAACAAAAGAACUAAUGAUGAACAUGAUCCUUAAAAGUAAAUGAUACACCAGAAAUUUUUAAGUAGCAAAAUCUUUUUGAAUGAUUCGAUGGAUAAAACAAAAGAAAAACAACGCAGUGUAAACAAAACAUAAACCACACGUAGCGAAAAAUCAAUUGAAUUGCCUUAAUGUAAACAAAAACCAAAACUUAUGACUUUUUGUAUGCUCGUCCAAAUACCAGUUACGAAUUUUCCUCGCAUUUGUUUCUGCACUUCUUUCCUUUUGUUAGCGAAGAAGAACGCCUUUGUUGAGAUGUUUACUGAAAAACAGAUGGAAAAUCGCGAAAAAAAAACAAACAAGCAGAAGAUUGUAAUUUUUUUCUAGGAGCAAAACAAACCGAUUAAUAGGAAGAAGUUACGAUGGUCAAGCCGAAAAAAAAUGGUGGUAACAAAGUUGAAAUGAUUUCGUGUAGGAUUUAAUUUCCAGUAUUAUCUAGUCGUGCAUUAUAAUGUAGCAGAAAUACAAAAAAUAUAACUGAAAAAAGAUGAAAAACUACGCUAGCAGAACAGGAAAACAGAGAAAAAUAUUAUUCAGUAAGCAGAUGACUAAAAACAAAAAAAAAACAGAAAACUAAAACCGAAAUAAACACACUAUUGAUGCGAUCCAAAAAAAAAGUUUAAACGAAAAGUCUUUGAGAAACAUAUUUUGGCCCACAUCCGAUUUGUUGGUAUCGAACUUUUUUUUCAAAUCUUUUGACAGUUUUUCGAAGCGGAAUUGUUGAAGCAAAAUUUUCGGAAGAUAGAAGAGAAAAAUUCUAAAUUUAAAAAAAAAAACCCUUAGACCGCAUAUGCAGAAAUCUAACUUAUUUGAAGAAAAUAAAAUAAAAUGUCCAAAAUCUCGAUGUCAGACAGCAAAAGAAAGCACAUAUAGAAUCUUAUCAGCAUUAAUACAAACUAUAAAGUUAAAGGAAAGUGAAGAUAAUUAAAAAGAAACAACACAUGCGCUAUAUGAUAUAAAAUAAAGUGGAAUCAUUACAUUGUCAACUGUACCUAAGCUGUUAUUUUUUAAAUAAAUGGAUGAAGUAAAACAAAUAUGAACGAUGUCAAAUAUAUUCAAAUUCCUAACAAGCCUUUAACAAAGUCUCUCAUUCAGAAAACCGGUAAUUGUUGUUGCACAUUGAUGGUGAAACAUUUGAGCCUACGAAACAGAAGUAAAAAUAAAACACAAUACUCUCAUACUCCUCCCAUUAACGACACCGUUACUCUAUUUUAUUUUUAUUAUUUAACACGAACUCAACCCUUCCGCGUACACACCCAAACUCACAUUCACAAACAAACACACACACACACACACACACAUAUAAAGCACUAGAAAUCAUUCUUUGGAAUUUCUCAUGUUCCCAUACGCGUAGCUGCAACAUUGUCGACACACACGUAAACGUAAAAAAAAAGCAAAAACUAAAUUGUCCAAUAAUCAGUUAACGUAAGAUGGCUUACUAAAAACAAAAA